AUGGCGUUAACAGGAAGCCUGCAAAGGCACUUGUCCAUGCUGGCUGUUCUGCGAGGGCCACGAGCCAAACUCAAUCCAAAGCACUGUCGCAGCAGUGGGCCCACUCCAGGAGCCGGCAUGGGAGAAGGGCUCUCAGGCACCAAGGUGCGUGCUGGGGGUCCUGGCCCCAAAAGCUCACUCCAGCCUGGCCGGCCCGCCCGCCCCAGCGCAGCCCAGCCGCGUCUCGCGAUCCCGCCCUGCAGCCGCCCAGACCCGCCCCGCCCCGCCCGCACGGCGGCUGCCCUGGCGCGUCCCCCCGGCCCCAGCAGCCUGGGCUUCGGCCUCGGCCUCUCGCUCUGCUUGGCACCGCCGCCACACCCCGAGACGAGACGUGCUCCGUUGUCCCCCGCCCGGCCCCGGGGCGGCAGCGAGCGGCCCGGAUCCUCCGAGAGAGCCGGGGCAGCCCUUCCCGUCCUUCCUAGGCAGCGAGUGAGCGUGCCUGAGCCCUGCGGCCGCGCGGUGCCGAGGCGCAGAGCCGGGGCUGGCAGGAACAGGGCUCCAGGGUCGCCUUCCCCAUUGUCACGUCGGCACUCCCAUCGGUGUGUCCCGUACUGCCGGGGCCUGACUUGGGGUGUGUCACAGCUGCUUUUCUCCAGAGAUCGCUUGGUGUUCCUUGGGCAGAUUGUGCUCGUAUAUGAUGCAGCAUAUUAUACUGACAAAUGUACUGUAUACUGUCAGGCAAUAGAAAAGCAGCUGAAGAUUUGUGGCUAUAAGAGCAAUGUGGAUGUCGUAGCACUGUAUCUGGCUAGACAAGGACUAAAAAGUAUCCCAAGUCUAUCACAGUUUCGCAGAUUAAGGUAUUUGUGGAUUAACAACAAUAAGAUCCAGGAUUUAACCUUCUUGAUCAAAAGCUAUUACUUGACUGAACUCUAUCUCAACAAUAACGAGCUGACAGAUAUAUCAGGUGCUCUGAAACACCUAUGUUCAUUACAGAUUCUGUUUCUUCAUAACAACGAGCUAAAAAAACUUGGCAAAACAGUGAAGGAAUUGAAAGGAAUGAUAAGCUUGCAGACUCUAAACCUAUUCCAAAACCCUCUGGCAUAUGAUCCAGACUACCGGCUUUAUGUGAUAUACUUCCUUCCUUCAGUUCAGCUCCUUGACAGGAAGUUAGUUACACAAAAAGAAAGGGAGUCAGCACUUCAUCUGUAUAACCCCAAAAGGGCUUGGGUCAUGCAGUCAAUAGCUUUUGGGAAGAGAGCAGACACAUCCCUGGGGACUGCAGUGGGAUCUGGCAGAUGCACUCAACCAGCCACAAGACCGAUAAUGCCCUCAGGUCAUGAAUUUGGAAAUAACACUAAUAAAGUACCAUUUGAGGACCCCGAAGAUGCAGUUUUAGUACGGGCAACCUCAAGAUCUCUAAUGGAAUUUUCCUCUGUGGACUGGAACAAAGUAGCCACCUGUCAAGAAAGACUGCUUCAAAACAAAGCAGGAGAGCCCUUUGAGAAGCUGACAGUCCAGUUUAGAUGAAAAAACCCCUAUUUCUCUCUCUAAUGUUAACUCCAUAAGUAGGUUAACAGCUCAAUAAAACAAUUAAGUGAAUUUCCAGAAAAAACAUGUUAGUGUAACGUUUCUUUCACCAUAUGUUGUAUAGAGAGUGAAGGAGUUAAGACAACAAAUGAUAAAUAGUGGCAAUGUUAUAAUCAAAGCUGAUUGAAAUG